AUGGUUAAGUUGUCAUCUCUUCUAACACUGUUGGUACUCACCUUGGACUUAACAUAUAGUUGGAGAUUCGACAGAUUGCCCAGACUGUAUGGAGACCGGCUGUCAAUGAAAGCGAUAUCACCGCGGACGCGCAAAGUUCAGCGGAGAAUAGUUGUGUUGCACGAUUUUUUCCGCACAAAAGUGGUUCCUCCAGCUUCCAAUAUGCUGAGUAUGAAGUGGCACUAUGGGGCAGCGCGAUCGGCACAAAAGUGGGCGGAUCAGUGCCGGCUGCUAACUCACGAUAGUCCGAAGGGACGCUGGAUCGACAGUUACGGGGCCUGCGGACAGAACAUCUUUGUAUCUACCCAUAAAGUUCCCUGGUUAUUUGCACUCCGAACGUGGUUUCUGGAACGGCAAAAUUUUACAUAUGGAUCGUAUAAAAAUGAUUUGGUGGCAGUUGGACACUACACACAGAUGGUGUGGGCGGCCACACACAAAGUUGGCUGCGGUCUAGCCAAAUGUGCCAGGGGUGGUCCACGAGGUAAACCGUUCUUCAACUAUGUAUGCAACUAUUGUCCCAUUGGAAAUCACGAAGACAAACUGGGAAUUCCCUAUAGGCGUGGCAAACCAUGUGGCUCAUGUCAGCAGCAGUGCCACUCGAAAAAAAUCAGAUUAUGCACGAACUCAUGCAGCACGGCGGACUUGUGGGCCAACUGUCGGGAAUUGUACAAAACAUGGCCCGGUUGGCUGUGUAAUACGGUAUCAUCGGAAGGGCUGGAACGACAGAGAAACUGUAUGGCCACCUGUACUUGCCAAGGAAUGGUACAUGACUGA